UUUUCUAGUUUCGGGGAGAGAGGCUAACUUACACCCUAAAACAAGGGUGCUUUGUUUGGUUUGCAGGACUGGGGCCUCAGAAUAUUUCUUUACAAACAGAAGAUUUAGCUUUUCGUUUAAAUUAAAUGACAUCAUUUAGAAAUAAAAAACUACAGUUAUUCAUCUUAAUAAAUUCAAAGCCUGAUAUGCAGUAAUUAUUAAACUAUAUUAGCAGUAUUGAUCAACAUUUAAAAUUAAGAUCAUCAAGCACAUAAGCAUUUGGCUUAUUGCUUGAUGCAUGAUCCUCCUACCUAGAGAGCAAGGUUUGAAUCCUCCAACCUCAAUUAAAAAUUAAGAUCAUCAACAUUUGUCCAGCUGAAGGUCCAAAUUGAUUCAUUCUGUCCAUGGUAAGCUCUCAAGUUUAAAAUCAUAACGCAACCCAAAUAGUUAAAGUUGCUGUCAUUCUGUCUUCCUCUUUGCAAUAUAUCAUUUCCGAAAAGUCCUCUUUUAAACAGAGGGAUUUUGCCUGGAGAUGAAGUCUUAACUUGCACAAAUGAGCAGUUUUAGGAUAAUCCAAAUGAAGUACCUACGAAAGCCAUUAAUUUUCUUUUGUUUUAUGAUACUAAUAGUCAAGGAGACUUUCUUUUUCCUGAUUGGCAGCUAUCUAUAAUUUAGAAUCAAGAUUAAUAGGUUCAUAGAGAUCUUGUUCCUUGAAUAACUGUCCCCCUCCCCUCUUUCCAUCAUUAGGCAGCUUUAGCAUAAUCCGAACACAGAUGAAAUAUUCAUGUUUUAUAAUAUACUUUCUUUCCAUCUCUUACAAAAAUAGUAGUCAUAAAAAAUUCAUAGGUUGAACAAGAAAUUCUGGAAACUGCUGCAGUCAAUCUCUAAUGCCUGUGAUCAGCAGAAUCCUUGUGAUAGGGGUAGGUGUGCGUAUACGGUGAUAUAGAAGUCAAGUUCCAUUUCAUUGGUCUGAUCUUCAUUUCAUACUCUAUUAAAUAUGAGGUCAAUCCUACAUAUAAGCAAAGUCUUUAUACAUUUUGGUAAGAUUUUCGGUUGUCCCUAUUGCGUACUCAUAAGAAAGUAUUUACUUCCUUCUAAUUUUCUUAAUGAAGUUUGUCUUCUUUCCUAAAGAUGUAUCAAUACAAUUUGGCAACACUCGAUCUAGAGCCAAUUUUCCAAUAUGCUAACAGAGACAAGCUAGAAUUCUAGGCACCUGAUGCAAUUUUCUGUAGAUUUCAAGAUUAGAAAUGUAUUAUACGCAUUUCACGCUUGAAUAAAUAAUUUCAACGUUGACCAAUAGAGAUUCCAGAAAAUUUUCUCCGUCAUGAAUUUUAGAACGUCCCUUAUUGGACACUUGAAUAAAAGCCUUAUCAAUGAGAGACAAGAAAUGGAACUCAUUCCUCACAAUUUCCUCUCUGUUAUCUAAUUCUGUUUGAACAUCCUUCAUAAACUUAUUCUACCCUACAUCCUGCAACUUCAACAAAAUGGAUCCAAAUUCUUUUCCAAUAUCUUCCCUUGUGGCCCCCUUCUUCUUGCUUUUUGCCUUGAUUAGAGUUCCAACUACUUUGUGCGUCGAUGAUCCACGGUACUCAAACUGCUCGACAAUGAUAAGAUGUGGAAGCAUAGCAAAUAUCGGUUACCCUUUCUGGGGAAUGAACCGUGCAAGUUACUGUGGCCAACCAGGGUUCGAGCUGAAGUGCGAAGAUGGUGUAGGAAAGAUCACGAUGAGUCAAAACACGUUGCGAAUUUUUGAUGUAAACCCUGAGCAGCAGAUUCUUAAGGUUGCUAGGGAGGAUUUCUGGGAUGGUUAUUGUCCCAGGGAACUAAUAAACACCACCAUCAACUUCAAUUACUUCGAUUAUGGCCCAGGCCUUAGGAACCUGACCCUAUUCUAUGGUUGCUUCUUACCCUCAACUUCGGUGUUUAUUUUUCUAACAAAUUGUACCAUAAAUGGUGCCACUAUGGACGUGUCAUACGCCACUCGGAGUGUUCUGGUCGAUCCUCGCCCGGAGGUAUGCCAUGGCAGUGUCAUAGUUCCAAUUUAUGAAACAGCUGCUCAGAAUCUAGAGGUGAACCCAUUAACUGUGAACGAUGCUUUAAAGGGAGGUUUUGAAUUGCAAUGGAACGUAAAAGAUGAUCAAUGCAGAAAUUGCAGAGAGUCUGAUGGGGUUUGCGGGUAUAAUCAGACUACAAAUAGUUUCGUUUGCUUCUGCCGUGAUCACCUGAGCGAAACCACAUGUUCACCAACACAAGGUACGUUAGCCCGUCCUCUGAUAUUCUUGUCAGCUUUUUGCAGAACUUUCUGGUAGUGAACAGUAUCUUGACUCUUGAGAUAACCCUUUCCGGGGUGUUCAGUUGAGAGACUUCAGAGAGAAAUUUUCAUUAAGUCUUAAUAUGCCUCUGCAUCUGUGGCUUAAUUUUGUCCAGUUCAGAAACAAACGUAUCUUAACCCUCUUGGUUUUGCUCGUUCCGCUGUUCAAUGUUCAUAGCAUUUGCAGCAAAUUAGCCUUUGCCAGCUUGAGUUUAUACUCCUACUCCUCCCUAUGCUCUUUAUAAGUUCAUUAACUCUCAGCCUCACCAUUACUAUUAUCCCAAAAAAAAAAUAUAAUUCCCACUAUUUUGACCGGUUGAUUUCCCCCAAAUUUAAUACCAAUUCAGAUUUGAAUU